GCGCGUGGGUCACGUGAGAUGCGCGGGGGAUGCCGGGAGCUCGUGGGGCGGAGCGCAGACUCAGGUGAGAGAGCGGCGGGGCGUGAUCACGUGACUCGCGCAGGGGAUGCCGGGACUGCGGCGCGCGCCUCCUCAGGUGAAAACUUCUGCUAUGAGUAAGCGCAGGUCAAAGGAGACCACGGUAGAAAAUGCAGAAUGCAUUUCACAAGUGCAAAAGAUUUUACGUGAGAGAUUCUGUCACCAUUAUCCUUCUGGAAAACUCUUUGGGAUUGAAUAUCAGUCCAGACAUCUGCUGGAGCUGCUGAAACGAACUAUAAUUCAUGGAGAAAGCAAUUCUGCCCUCCUUAUUGGACCACGAGGAUCAGGAAAGACUGUGUUGUUAAAUCAUGCCUUAAAUGAGCUAAGGGGAAUGAAACAAGUUAGAGGGAACCUCUUGGAAGUUCAUCUGAAUGGGCUCCUGCAGACCAACGAUAAAGUGGCCCUGAAGGAGAUCACCAGGCAGCUGCAGCUGGAAAAUGUGGUUGGGGAUAAAGUUUUUGGCAGUUUUGCUGAAAACCUUGCGUUCCUUCUUGAAGCAUUAAAAAAAGGAGAUCGGACCAGCAGCUGUCCAGUCCUGUUUGUACUGGAUGAAUUUGACUUAUUUGUUCAUCACAAGAACCAGACGCUGCUCUAUAACCUCUUUGAUGUGUCCCAGUCUGCACAGACUCCAGUGACGGUGAUUGGACUGACGUGUAGACACGACACACUGGAGCUCCUGGAGAAGAGAGUGAAAUCAAGAUUCUCACACCGACAAAUAUAUCUGAUGAAUUCCUUUGAUUUUAAGCAGUACAUUAAGAUGUUCAAGGCACAGCUUUCUCUUCCUGCUGAAUUUCCUGAUGAAACUUUUGCACAAAAAUGGAAUAGUAAUGUCCAGCAUCUCUCAGAGGAUAAAACUGUGCAAGACGUGCUGCAAGGUCUUUUCCAUUACACCAAAGAUCUGCGCUUGCUUCAGUUGCUAUUGAUGUUUGCUGUAAGUAACGUUACUGUGCGUCACCCACUGGUCACGGCAUCAGACAUUCAGGAGGCAAGCAAGCAGUACAGGAUGGACUCGAAAGCCAAUAUUGUGCACGGUCUGUCUGUCCUGGAAAUCUGCCUGAUCAUAGCUAUGAAGCACUUAAAUGAAGUGUAUGAAGGAGAACCAUUUAACUUCCAGAUGGUUUACAAUGAAUUCCAGAAGUUCAUACAGAGGAAGGCGCAUUGUAUGUACAACUUUGAAAAGCCAGUUGUCAUGAAGGCAUUUGAACACCUAAUACAACUGGAAUUAGUAAAACCGAUAGAGAGACCAUCCGUACGAGCGCAGAAAGAGUACCUCCUCAUGAAACUGCUCUUGAACAGUAACCAAAUCAUGGACGCUUUGCAGCUGUACCCAAACUGCCCGACGGACGUUAAGCAGUGGGCAGAGUCGUCGCUCAGCUGGCUCUGAGCUUCCCUUCUCCCUUUCUACACCAGAGCUUCUGGAGUUACCUGUGAGCUCCAGGAGAUGCAACAUUUACCCGCAGUAGGGUGUUCGCAUCAAUAAAUGUUUGGAAGAGCACACUUUGCUGAUCCAGCUGGG